AUGGGUUCCUGCGUGAAUGCGCUGCGUAUUGUAACUUUUUUAUUCAACUUUGCGUUUUGGCUAUCUGGUGUCGUAGUCUUUGGUCUUGGAAUAUGGCUCUUGUUUGAUCCGGCGGCUUCAGAUUUCUUCGCUCUUCAUUCCACUCAUCCAGGUGCUUUCCGGUAUGUUGGUUGGUUUCUUGUUGGAGCCGGUGCAAUUAUCAUUCUUGUCGGAUAUUUCGGAUGUAUUGGAGCAUGGCGAAUGAAUCAAUGCGCUCUUGCCUUCUUCUGCUGCAUACUGAUUAUUGCGUUCUUCCUCGAACUGGCAGCUGCUGUCACACUUUUCCACAAACAAGAACACGUCAAACACUAUGUGGAAAGCAGUAUGUACGACACGAUCAGAAACCGCUACUCAUCGGAAACCGCGUUCAAGAAUGCAUUCGACACCGUUCAAGAGCAAUUUGAAUGUUGCGGAGUAAAAACCUACACCGAUUGGCUCAGCGCUCGUUGGGACGCAGAACCGGCUGCGCAGGUCGAGAUUAACGAGGAAGAUGCUGGAAGAAUCGAACACGGAAUUGGAGCAUUUGGAGGAAACAAGGGAACUGGCUAUGGACGCGUCCCAUCUUCUUGCUGUAACGAGCAUGGAAAGCUUUCCUAUCCAAACAACUGUGGAAGAACUUUUAAUCAAGCUCCACUCAACACUUAUGCUCAAUUUAUCAACACUCGAGGAUGCGCUGAUGCCGUUUACGAGAGUGUAAGCAGCUACUUGAACACCAUCGUCGGAGUUUGUGUGAUCCUUUGCGUCGUUCAAUUGUUGGGAGUUGUUCUUUCAAUGACCCUGUGCUGUUGCAAGAGCAGCGAGAAGAAAUAA